AUGUUCCUUCGAUACCGCCACAAUUUAAAAGCAUUAUUCGAAGUGUUCUCCGGCACGGUUUACCGCCUCAUAGUGGCGGUUGGGCGACGACCUGUGGCGAAAGCUAAGGUCGCCGUGGCAGGGCUGCUUAGUUUGGGGAAAAGUCUUUUUGCCACUCCAGGAUAUUCCUUGCCUCAGUACCCUGCACAUUGGGCCCUGCCAUCUCAGACGUCGGACGGUAUGGCGACCGACUGUGUACUUACAACGCGCGAACAGUGUCCACAGACGCCGACCUGCAUGCCCUUCUCGGAUUAUCAAAUUUCACGUGAUUGCUCUGCAGGAGACCAAAUCCUGUCACCUCGUCUGGCUAUUCUUCGCCUCCGCCCUCUGCGCCAAAGACACAUCAGCAUCAUCAACUGCUACUCACCAACAUUAGCAGCUGAUGAAUCCGAACUGGAUGAGGAGCUGGAGAAACUGAUCCGCAACGAGAACUCCUUCUACAAAUUCGUUGCUGGAGAGGUAAACGCAAAACUAGGAAAAUCCAUAGAUGGGGAAUGCAGGAUCGGAAGAUUUGGACUAAGGGACUGGAACGAAAACGGCAAUCGUCUCGCCAGACUGCUGUCCGCCGCUCGCCUCUUUUAUGGGAAUUCCCUUUUCAUGAAGAAAGAUCAUCGUCGGCUUGGUCCGAAUGCGUCGCGUAUUGAGCGGUUAGUAGCAAACACUAGCAGCAGAAAAGCGUUGCAGGAGGAUCUUUCGAAAUACGAGCAGAAGAAGAUCCUGGAAGCAGCACAAAGAAGAACGAGUCUAAGAAAGGAAGUGCCGCAGGGAUCUCCGCGAAUAUAA